AUGUUUGAUUGGUUAAAGUCUCUUUUCGCAACUAAACGUCCAUACAAAAUACAAAAUUUAAAGAAAAAACGUGUUGGUGUCACGGCACGAAAUUUGGAAGAACUCACUAAAAAGGGAUGUGAGAUAUUUAAGAUUAACCCAAAUGAAUUGAGUAUUGUCCUUGAAAAUGAUGGCACAAGUGUCAAUACACAGUCAUAUUUUUCAAAACUUCCUGAACAGACAUCAUUUAUUUUUCUCAAAGCUGGGGAAACAUGGAAUGGACUUUAUGAUCUCAUCAGUGAAGUCUUGGCAAAAUCAGACUCCACGAUCUUGUCAAAUGAUGAGCGUAAUAGAUUGCGGUCAUUUCUUCUUGAACAUGAAACAAUGGAAAAAUGUAAGCAGAUUCAAGAAUCGGUAAAAGAGGAAGAAUGUAAUGUUAGAGCUGAGACAAAUACCGAUCAUGAAACUUGGUUUAAUGGUAUCAAAUCCUAUAAGACAAAAUCAGAUUAUAUGAAAAAUCGUGCUCAAAACAGAAUCAGAAGUUACUACAUGAAUGCAAAAAAAAGGAUUGAGGAGACAACCAACUUAGAAAAUAAAGAUGAUCUACUAGACCUUCUGAAUGAAUUGUCUCAAGAAUUGAGUAAUAAUCAAUUCCAUGGGGGUUACUUUGCACGGACAGAUGCCAGUGAACGUAUUUGUGAUGAGAUGGGCUGGUUUUUCUGUGAGGGACAAUUUAACCAGAAUGUUUGUGAAAAACAGCACAAAAUAAAUCCAUAUAUAUCUCAUACUCACAGAGUAAUGUUUUCUUUAUGGGAGUUAGAUCAUAUAAUUGAAAAAUCUCGUGUUGUCAUCCCUACUCUUCUUGAGGCAGCCAAAAGAAAAGAUGACACUCAAAAAUUAUCAUGGCAAAAAGUGUAUGAUUUACUUUUCACUAGGAAAAAUCUCAAAUUAGUGCAGAAAGCAUGUCAUGAUAAAGCUGCCCGUGAGAAUACUCUGGAAUGGAGAACAUUUCUGAUUGACUACCCAUCUUAA